GCGGACAGGGGCGCGGCGUGAUUACGCAUUGCGGCUGACCCCCUCGUGCCGUGCGUCCUGCGUGCGUCUCCAAACCUCUCCAACCCCGCACCAGCACCAGGACACCGGCUCCAGAGAACAGCGGCGCGCCGAGGCUCCCUAUCCGCCCAGCAGAGCAUCGUCUCCGGCCUCAGCUGUGCCCUCGCCCCGCUGGAGCCUCCGGAGCGCGACCAAACCGCGAACAUGACGGAAUGACGCCUUCACGCCGCAUUUCGCAGGAAUAACGGGACUUUAUUUGUAGAUUUAUUUUGUUUUUAUUUUUCUAUCACUACGUGCACGCGGAGACAUGAGCGCGGACGAGAGCUCGGUGCGCGUGGCCGUCAGGAUCCGCCCUCAGCUGCCCCGAGAGCGUGUGGAGGGCUGUCACGUGUGCACCGCAGUGACACCAUCUGAACCACAGGUGGUGCUAGGCUCCGACCGCGCCUUCACCUUUGACCUCGUGUUCGACAUGGACGCCACACAGGAGCAGGUGUACCACAGCGCUACCCACAGGCUGGUGGAGGGCUGUCUGCAGGGGUACAACGCCACUGUGCUCGCAUAUGGACAGACUGGCUCGGGAAAGACGUACACGAUGGGCACGGGUUUCGAGGUGGGCGUGGCGAGCGAAGAGGUGGGUAUCAUCCCGCACGCUGUCCACCAUCUUUUCACCGCCAUUGAAGAACGAAGACGAACCGCCACUGAACAGGGUCUGACCCCUCCAGAGUUCAAGAUCAAUGCGCAGUUUCUUGAGUUGUACAAUGAGGAGGUUCUGGACUUGUUCGACUCAACUCGAGACAUGAAACAGAAAUCUCAAAUCAAAAUCCAUGAAGACCCAAAUGGAGGAAUCUACACUGUGGGAGUGACCACGCGCCAAGUCCAGUCCGAGUCCGAGAUGAUGCAGUGUUUGAAGUUGGGAGCUCUCUCAAGGACCACGGCCAGCACUCAGAUGAACGUUCAAAGCUCCAGAUCUCACGCCAUCUUCACCAUCCAUGUGUGCCAAGUACGAGUCUGCGUCAACAACAACGAGGAGGAUAACCGCGUGCCUCAGUCAGAGGUGGACGAGUAUGAGACUCUCACGGCAAAGUUCCAUUUUGUGGAUUUGGCUGGAUCUGAACGACUGAAGAGAACCGGAGCAACUGGAGACAGAGCCAGAGAGGGCAUAUCUAUCAAUUGUGGACUGUUGGCUCUGGGGAAUGUGAUCAGCGCUCUGGGAGACCGGACCAAGCGAUCAUGUCAUGUCCCUUAUCGAGACUCAAAACUCACACGUCUCCUCCAGGACUCUCUGGGAGGAAACAGUCAGACGGUGAUGAUUGCCUGCAUCAGCCCCUCAGACAGUGACUUCAUGGAGACUCUGAACACUUUAAAAUACGCUAACAGAACUCGGAACAUCCGGAACCGCGUCAUAGUGAAUCAGGACCGGGCCAGUCAACAGAUCAGCGCGCUCCGGACUGAGAUUGCACGGCUGCAGAGGGAGAUACUUGAGUACAGAACGGGAAAGCGUGUUCCUGGGGAGGAGGGCGUGGACUGCUUCAGUGACAUGUUCCAUGAAAACUCAAUGCUUCAGACGGAGAAUAGUAACCUGAGAGUGAGAGUGAAAGCCAUGCAGGAGACUAUAGAUGCACAGAGGAGCAGACUGACCACAGUACUGAGCCAACAGGCCCUGCUCAAGACAGGCGAUGAGGGCUCAGAGGAGAUCGGGACUAUGAUCCAGGGAUACAUCAAAGAGAUAGAGGAUCUCAGGGCAAAGCUUUUGGAGAGUGAGGCGGUGAAUGAGACUCUUCGUAAAAGUGUGAACCGCUCGUCCAGUCGACCUUUUUACUCUGGUCCAGAAAAAGAAACCGACGACAUCAUCGAACUCGCCAAAAAAGACCUAGAAAAACUCAAGAGACGAGAGCGCAAAAAGAAGAAGAGGUUGCAGCUCUUGUCAGAGGACAGAGACAUAGAGGAGAAAGAGGAGGACUCCAGUGUAAACAAAGAUGAGGACAAUGAACAAACGUGUCCAGAGAAGGAGGACGAGAAGGAGGACGAGAAGGAGGACGAGAAGGAGGGAGAGAAGGAAGGAGAGAAAGAAGAGGAGGAGGAUCGCCAUGACGACCCUGAUAUAGAUGUGGCAGAAGUGAGUGAUCGAGAUGAAGAGGAGGAAGAGGAGGAGUUGGAGGAAGAGGAGAGCUCUGAGUCUGACUCUGAGUCUGAUGAGAAAGAGCACUUCCAGGAGGACCUGGCCAACAUCACAUGUGAAAUCGCCAUCAAACAGAAACUCAUUGAUGAGUUAGAAAACAGCCAGAGACGUCUCCACACUUUGAAACUGCAGUAUGAGCAAAAACUACUACUACUGCAGUACAAGAUACAGGAGACACAGCAAGAGAGAGACAAAGUACUGCACAACAUGACUCCUGUGGACAGUGGCUCUGACGACAGAGCCAAACGAGUCAAAGCUGAAUACGAACGUAAACUGUCUGUGAUGAACCGAGAGCUCCAGAGACUCCAGGCAGCGCAGAGAGAGCACGCUAGAUUACUGAGGAAUCAGAGCCAGUACGAGAGGCAACUCAAGACUCUGCAAGGGGAGGUGGCUGAUAUGAAGAGGACCAAGGUUCGUCUGAUGAAGCAGAUGAAGGAGCAGCAGGAGAAGAACAGAAUGAAUGAAUCUCGACGGAACCGAGAGAUUGCCACUUUAAAGAAGGACCAGAGGAAACAAGAGCACCAAUUGAAGUUACUAGAGGCUCAAAGACGCCAACAAGAGCUGAUUCUGAGGAGGAAGACUGAGGAGGUGAGCGCUCUGCGGAGGCAGGCCAGACCCACCUCAGGCAGAGUCCAGAGGAAAGUCCAGGACCAAGACCCAGGAAUGAGAUCUGGACCAGGAAGGACCUACUCCGGGACCAACGGGACCAGGUUCUCGUACAGGAGCAGAGGCCUGUACUCCAGUAGAAUGGCCCGGACCAAAUGGCAGUCUUUGGAGAGGAGGAUCUCAGACGUGAUUCUGCAGAAGAUGACCAUCUCCAACAUGGAGUCUGACAUGAACCGCCUGCUCAAGCAACGAGAGGAGUUGACUCGGAGGAAGGAGAAGGUUCUGAGACGCAGAGAACGUUUGCUCAAGGACUCGGAUCUGAACCUGCAGAAGUCCCUGGUCCCAUUGAUGGAGGAGGUGGAGGCUCUGAGUGCAAACAUCGACUACAUCAACGACAGCAUCUCCGACUGUCAGGCCAACAUCAUGCAGAUGGAGGAGGCCAAGGAGGACACAGACAGGACAGACGUCUCUGCUCUGAUAGGCUCCUGCUCUUUGCCUGAGGCUCGCUUCCUCCUUGACCACUUCAUGAACAUGGCUGUUAAUAAGGGUCUUCAGGUGGCUCAGAGAGAGGCCGAGUUGAAGGAGGUGGAGGGCAGACUGAGGCAGACGGAGGUGACCAGUGCCACUCAGAACCAGCUCCUGUUCCACAUGCUGAAGGAAAAGGCCCAACUCAACCCAGAACUGGAGGCUCUGCUUGGCUCUGCACUGCACGAAAAUGGAGACGACAGCAGCAGCGACGAGUCUCCAAACAGUCCUACAGCAGAGGGAAGCCCGUUGGCAUCAGAUCUGAUGAAACUCUGUGGAGAAAACAGGAGCAGGAACAAGGCUCGGAGACGAACCGCGACUCAGAUGGAGCUGCUGUACGCAAACACAGACUCUACCCCCGACCCCAGUGCUGCGCUCCCAUUGGCCGAGACCCCAGAAGGAGGUGGGGACAUGGAGAAUAUUUACAAUGUCGUGUCUCCGGGUUACUCCAAAAUCCCCACAAUUGUGAAACCUCUGGGGAAGCGAACGCCAGAGCCCUCUCCAUCACUCCGAAGGAAAAAAAUUGAAACAGCCAAGUCCAAAGAGCUGAAACAGGGCGUCAUUACCUCCAUGUCUCAGAGUAAACGUCCUUCUAGUCUCCAGUGUGUGAGUGUAGCAGAGGGACACAGUAAAGCUGUCCUCUCUGUUGACUGCAACAACGAGCUGCUCUUCACCGGAUCCAAAGACCGCACAUGUAAAGUGUGGAACCUGGUGACUGGACAGGAGAUCAUGUCUCUGGGAGGGCAUUUGAGCAGCGUGGGCUCGGUCCGGUUCAGCUCUGGUCUGGUCUUCACUGUGUCCAGCUCCUUUAUCAAAGUCUGGGACAUCAGGGACUCAGCCAAGUGCAUCCGAACCCUGACGUCGACAGGUCAGGUGAUGACCUCUGACCCCUGUGGUCCUGGUUCAACUCGGACUCUGUCCUCAGAGACUCAGAUAAACCAGAUCUGUGUGAACCCCAAUGGGACCAGUCUGUACGCCGCAGCCGGGAACGCAGUCCGAAUAUGGGACCUUAGGAGGUUUGUUUGCACAGGGAAGCUCUCUGGGCACCAGGGUCCAGUCAUGUGUCUGACCGUGGACCAAACCGAGACCAACCAGGACCUGGUGGUGACUGGGUCCAAGGACCAUUAUGUCAAGCUCUUCGAGGUGACUGCAUCCUCAGUGGGGUCUCUGGCUCCCUCUCUGACCUUUGACCCUCCUCAUUAUGAUGGAAUCGAGUCGGUCCUGGUCCAGGGAGACCGGGUUUACAGCGGGUCCAGAGACACGGGACUCAAACUGUGGCACCUGCCGAGUAAAGACCUGCUGCAGCAGGUGCCCUCAGCGCACAGAGACUGGGUCAGUUCUCUGGCUCUGGUCCGGUCUGGUUUGGUCCGAUCUGCACCGGUUCUGGUCAGUGGCUGCAGAGGAGGGAUUCUCAAACUGUGGAGCGCAGACUCACUCAGUGCGCUCACAGAGGUCAGAGGUCAUGACAGUCCAAUCAACAGCAUCUGCAGCAAUGCCACACACCUGUUCACCGCCUCUGAUGAUCGUACAGUGAAGAUCUGGAGGUACAGAGGUGAGCUGGAGGAUUCUGUGGAGGACUGACCUGGGCCCUGAAUGCACCGCAAGGACUUUGAACACACCACGAGGACAGUGAACCCCUCAGACAUCCCUGAACGCACCAUCUUUGUCUGCUGCUGCUUCAAGCCUUAUAAGAAAGUAGAACCAAAACAAACUGGCUCUCUUUGUGUGAAAUCAAAGAGAAAGUAGUUCCGACUCAGAAGGUAGAUUUAACCACAUUGUAAAACCAAACACUUCCCAUACAACUGAACUACACCUGUUUCAUCUGAGCAGCCCUGUCAUAAUAUGACAACUGCACAUUGUAAUUUAGGAAAAGACAAUAACCAGACAAUAAAAAUAACAUAACAGGUAUCACACUUCAUA